AUGUCCCGCAGAGAAUCCAAGCCCACCGUCCCCACCACCGCCGCCGCCAAGUGGCCCUCUCCCGAGGACUGGCCCGCCGCCAAGGUCCGCUCCACCUUCAUCGACUACUUUGUCAACCAGCCCGGAUUUGAGCACACCUUCUGGCCCUCGUCUGGCUCGAUCCCGUUCGACGAUGACACGCUCCUCUUCGCCAACGCUGGUAUGAACCAGUACAAGCCGCUCUUCCUUGGAACUGCCGACCCCAAGUCGGACCUCGCCAAGCUCUCGCGUGCUGUCAACUCGCAGAAGUGUAUCCGUGCCGGAGGAAAGCACAAUGAUCUCGACGACGUCGGCAAGGACUCAUACCACCACACCUUCUUCGAGAUGCUUGGAAACUGGUCGUUCGGCGACUACUUCAAGCUCGGCGCCCUGACCAUGGCCUGGGACCUCCUCACCCGUGUCUACGGUCUCCCCAAGGACCGCCUCUACGUCACCUACUUCGAGGGUGAUGCCGCCCAGGGCCUUGAGCCCGACCUCGAGGCCAAGAAGAUCUGGCAGGACCUCGGUGUUCCCGAGAGCCACAUUCUCCCCGGAAACGCCAAGGACAACUUCUGGGAGAUGGGUGCCACCGGACCUUGUGGACCUUGCUCGGAGAUCCACUUCGACCGCAUCGGUGGACGUGAGGCUGCUCACCUCGUCAAUAUGGACGACCCCGACGUUCUCGAGAUCUGGAACAAUGUGUUCAUCCAGUACAACCGCGAGAACGACGGCUCUCUCCGUCCCCUCCCCGCCACCCACAUCGACACCGGUAUGGGCUUUGAGCGUCUCGUUUCCGUCCUCCACAACGUCAGCUCCAACUACGACACUGACGUCUUCACCCCGAUCUUCAAGCGCAUCCAGGAGCUUACUGGUGCCCGCCCCUACGAGGGCAAGCUCGGCGCCGACGACAAGGACGGCAUCGACACUGCCUACCGUGUGAUUGCCGACCACAUCCGUACCCUCACGAUCGCCAUCUCGGACGGCGGUGUCCCCGACAAGGACGGCCGUGGCUACGUUCUCCGUCGUAUCCUCCGUCGUGGUGUCCGUUACGCCAACUCCAAGUUUGGUGCCGAGAUGGGUACCUUCUUCUCGUCGCUCGUCGACACCACCGUCGAGACCCUCAAGGAGAUCUUCCCCGAGGUCACGAAGAAGAUCCCCGAGCUCAAGGAGAUUCUCGAUGAGGAGGAGCAGUCGUUCGCCCGCACCCUGAAGCGCGGAGAGAUUCUCUUCAACAAGUACGCCGAGGCCGCCGCUGCUGGUGACAAGACCCUUGCUGGUCGCGACACCUGGCGCCUGUACGACACCUACGGUUUCCCCGUCGACCUUACCCAGAUCAUGGCCGAGGAGCGUGGCCUCAAGAUUGACGAGGAGGCCUUCGAGAAGGCCCGUCUCGAGUCGCUCGAGGCCUCCAAGGCUGGUGGCAAGAAGGGUGCCGCUGGCGGUGUCAAGUUUGACGUCCACGACCUCGGUGCGCUCGAGGCCAACGACGCCGUCCCCAAGACUGACGACGACUUCAAGUACAAGAAGGGUGACAUUUCGGCUGCCAUCAAGGCCAUCUACCACCAGUCCAAGUUCUACGAGUCGACCAAGGACGUUCCCGAGGGCGAGCCGUUCGGUAUCCUGCUCGACAAGACCAACUUCUACGCCGAGUCUGGUGGUCAGGAGUACGACACUGGUGUCAUUGCCAUUGACGGCCAGGCCGAGUUCAAGGUCGAGGACGUCCAGGUCUACAAUGGUUACGUUCUCCACGUCGGUCGCCUCGAGGAGGGUGAGCUCAAGCUCAACGACGAGGUCAUCUGCACGAUUGACGAGCUCCGCCGCUGGCCCAUCCGCAACAACCACACUGGUACCCACAUCCUGAACUUUGCUCUCCGUGACGUUCUCGGUGACGGCAUUGACCAGAAGGGUUCGCUUGUUGCCCCCACCAAGCUCCGCUUCGACUUCAGCCACAACAAGGCCAUCUCGCCCGCUGACCUGAAGAAGAUUGAGGACCUCUGCAACGCCGAGAUCAAGAAGGCGCUCGCGGUGUACUCGAAGGAGCUUCCCCUCGCCACGGCCCAGAAGAUCCCCGGUCUCCGCGCCGUCUUUGGUGAGCGCUACCCCGACCCGGUCCGUGUCGUCUCGAUCGGUUUCCCGCUCGAGGACAUUGAGAAGAACAUCGAGGACCCGAAGUGGGCCACGACGUCGAUCGAGUUCUGCGGCGGCACCCACGUUGCCAAGACGGACGACAUCAAGGACUUUGUCAUUGUCGAGGAGUCGUCGAUUGCCAAGGGUAUCCGCCGCAUGGUCGCCGUGACGGGCCACGAGGCGGCGGACGUGCAGCGCAAGAGCGCCGAGUUUGGCCGCAAGCUCGACCGCAUCGCCAACAUGGAGCCGAAGGAGCGCGAGGCGGCGCUGAAGCCGAUCCCGCAGGAGCUUGGCCAGUCUGGCAUUUCGGUCCUGAACAAGCUCGCGCACCAGGAGCGCUACAACAAGCUCACUGCCGAGCUCGCCGCCGCCGCCAAGGCGCAGACCGCCGCGGCGCAGAAGGUCGUCACGGACGACAUCAAGCAGUACUUUGCCGAGCACCCGAACGAGAACGUCUACGUCGCCUCCUUCCCCUCGGCGCAGGGCAACAGCAAGAUCCUCUCUGCGGCCCAGACCGCGGCCAAGGCCGCCAAGAAGGCUGUGUACGCCUUCUCCGUCGACGAGGCGGGCGGCAAGGUCGCCCACCUCAACUUCCUCCCCAAGGACGAGGUGUCCAAGGCGUUCAACGCCAAGACCUGGCUCCAGGACGUGUCCAAGAUCAUUGGCGGAAAGGGCGGCGGCAAGGAUGAGGCCGCCACCGGUGUCGGCAUGAAUGUCGACAAGCUCGAUGCCGCCAUGGACGAGGCCAAGAAGGCCUACCUUGCUUCCAAGCAGUGA